CGCGAAGUAGAGGAACGGCGUAUACCUUGCCGCUGGUGUUGAACUGACGGCUUGUCUGUAGGAGGGUCACGCUAGUGCGGCAUAAAUGGACGGUAUGUUAAUGUUAUGUAGUGUCAGCAUGCUUUCUGUGAGUAACUUGCCAUGAGGAAACAAUGCCAAAGACACAUUUUCACAAUUAAACAAAACGGAGCAACGAUCUGAUCGCACGUAAUCGCAGUGAACAAGGAACUUUGGGACUCUAUUAUCCACGAAGAUUCUGACUAUGCUGGGUCUCUUGAUUAGUUUGGUGGUCGUUGUCCAUGGCGUUGCCCCUCUGGACCUGCCAGGUGUAUCUGCCGUGCCAUAUGAGGAUGUGCCCUGGAGAACGGACCUCUGCUGUGAGCUGCCAGAUGCAGCCCAGCCUGGGCCAGAUGGCGCCACGGAGAGCAGUGGGCCUCACUCAGGGGGCAGUGCCCUGAAUGCCAACCAACUCAAGUGCCACAAGAACAACUCCACCGGUGGAUGGGACCCUACUGGGACGCACACGCACAGCAGCGCAGUCGUCUGUUUGAACAUCCUGUGCUGGCUUGAUGAGGAGAAAGCCAAUCUAAUUUGUAUCCGUAAGCUACAGAGCGCAUCGGCAAACAGGCUUGUUACAGUUAGCCUGCGGCAUUGGCCUGCGGGGGCAGCAGGCACGGGGUCACAAGGGGAUCUGUCUGAGGAGGACCCUGGCCAGUGCACACAUGAUGACCAGACCUGUUCCGUGGCUCUGAAGGACGUGGAUGCACAUGUGUAUGUGAUGGUGAACGUGACCAGUGCCCGAGGCUCUGUUCUCUCGACUGCCAUGCACAUCGCCACACGACGGCUAAAUCCUCCUGGUAACGUUCACUACACCACAGACCUGCAGAAGGAGGUUGUCCUGAGGUGGAGUCCUCCGCAGCCUGCAACUGAGGCUCUGCGUUAUCAAGUCCGCUACUUCUCCAGUAAACAGCCUGGCUGGCAGUUCCUGUCUGCAGUAAACGACUCUUGGCUGGCCCUCAGGGACCUCUCUGUGUACACGUUCUACACGGUGCAGGUGCGGAGCCAGAGCCUGCAGUUCCUGGAACACUGGAGCAACUGGAGCCAACCUCUCUACCUCUGUCUCAGUGGUACAUGCUACAUGCCCGAGGUGGUGUUUACCAGCCCCGGGUCCAACGUGACUGUUUACUGUGCCAUCCAAGACGCUCGCAGGAAUGCCACUAAUGUCCGCUGGUGGCUGAAUGGCCAGUACCCAAUCCCAGAGAGCCAGUACAGGGUCAUAAACGAUUAUGUGAGUGCGGUCACCUGGCAAACUGAGGCGGCAGGUGUGGAUGUGCUGUUCUGCUGUGAGAAGGGCGAGAACGAUCUCUGCAACCCUCCCUAUGCCAAAGUCUACACCACAGGUAGCUACAGCGCAGACCUUAAGUGCCAGACCACUGUGGACUCGACAAACAAGAUGACCUGCACAUGGGACAAGUCUAUCUGGAGUGAGGACCAGCUCAUAUACAAGUGGUACGAUGGGCCUUGUGACGACAUGAAUGAGGAGGAGGAGCUGGCGGACUCAGUACCCCAGGUGGCCAAGUGUCAAAGGGGAGACAGUCGGCUCGGGAAGUGCACUUUGGAGACGGUUCGCCUGAUAUCCUGCUAUAAAUUGUGGUUAGAAGAGGUUCGUGGAGAGGGACAAGUCAAGUCACAUCCUGUGUAUGUCACACCUAUUGAUCUGGUGAAGCCCAGCCCACCCACAGAUGUGCAGGCAGUCAGCAUGCCCAAUGGAUCCAUGCGCCUGGCGUGGUCCCGCACAGACCUCACUGGGUAUGAGCUGGAGUAUAUGGUCCGGUACACUGCUGCUGGGAGGAGAGCCAACCCGCAGUACCAGGGGCCUCAGCUGGAGUCUUGGGCUGAGGUGACGGUGCCCGAGCCCUGCGUGGUCUAUAAGGUGGAGGUGUGCUGCAAGAGGCACAAUGGAUCAGGCCACUGGAGCGACUGGAGUCAACCCCGCAUCUCCACAAUCAAAAACAGCCUUGCCCCUGAACGAGGGCCCGCUUUCUGGCGAGAGCUUAAAGAAGAUUCCGUGAGGAACCAGGUCAACGUCACCCUGCUUUUCAAGCCUCUUCCCAUUGAGGAUCCACCACAAUGUGUAGACGGACUUGUAGUUCAGCAUCAGGCCAGUGGAGGCGCUGUGUGGUCAAGUGAGACAGCUGUAGGAGCCUCCCAUACAUUCCUGUUGGGGCAGGAGCCCCUCACCGUCACUGUAAUGGCACGCAACUCUGUCGGAAACUCUUCCAACAACAGCAUCCUGACACUAAGCAAGAACCCUAAACGCCAGAGUGUCCAGAAAUUCACUGGCCGUGUGAUCAACGGCACAUGCGUGGACCUGGCCUGGGCGCUGCUUCCUAUUGGCCCAGCUCCACUGGGCUUCGUCAUUGAGUGGCUGGACCACAGCUGGGAGCUGGAGCAGCGAGGACAAGCGGCGGCGGGGAAAGUGCAGUGGAUAAGAGUGCCCCCUACUGGCCGAGCGGUCUAUGUGCACGGCCAUUUUUAUAGUGCAGAGCAGUAUAAGUUCACCCUCUACACACUGUACAAGGAUGGAGAGGGGGAACCCGUCCAGUGCAUCUCAUCCAGAGAAGACCCAGCGGCAUACAUGCUAUUAAUGAUCAUCGCUUUCCUGGCCGUGGUCCUUUUUGUCACCCUCAUCAUCUCCCAGAAUCAGAUGAAGAGACUGGUGUGGAAAGAAGUCCCAGAUCCCAAUAAAUGUUCCUGGGCUCAAGGAGUGGAUCUGAAAAAGGUGGAGAAUAUUGAGAGCCUAUUCAGGCACCCUGAAGGUCUCACCGCCUGUCCACUGCUGCUUGUAUCUGAAGUCAUAUCGGAGGCAGAGAUUGUGGAAAAGACCAUACCUGCAACAGUCGAGAAAAAAAGGGAAGCUGGGGUACUAUCUGAGGAAAGCACUGAUCUGCCCAAUCACACCCCUCUCUUAGACCCAGCCUGUGGACUUGUUUCUGGGACAGGGACCUCAGGUAUCUUGGAGACCCCCGAGUCUUCAAGUCAGUCUUCAGUGUCAGGACAGUCCUCGGUGACGUACGCCACAGUGCUCCUUAAUGACAAACCCUGUCGGCGCCCCAAGCGGAACCAGGAGAACCUGAGCAACUCCAGCGAUGAAGGGAAUUUCUCCGCCAACAAUUCGGACAUCUCAGGCUCCUUCACUGGAGGCCUAUGGGAGAUGGAGCACCUGGUGCUAGAAACUGGAGAGGCUGACCCCCGGCAUUCCUGCACCUCAGUUGAGGAGUUCUCUGAGAUAUCAGAAGAGGAGGAGGACGAGGUUUCAGGCAGUCGAAAGUUGUCCUCAGAACUCUACUAUCUUGGCAUGGGUUGUCAGGAGGAUGAUGAGGAUGAGGAAGGCGGUGAUGGAGAUGACGAAGAGGAGGAGGAGGAAGAAGAAGAGCCGAUGAACCAUGAGGGACCAGAUUUAGGCUCUCUGAGAGAGGAAGAGGUUCUGGUAUGUGUGGAACCAGACUCAGAGUCCGAUCCUCCCCUGACCCGCCAGGACUCCAAGAGCAGCUGCUCCAGCUGUGCAUCUCAGCGGGGCCUGCGCCUCUACCUGCCCCAGUUCCGAAAAGCCUCCACUAAGCCUCUCACCCUCUCACUGUGAAUGAAGGCAGCGCAUCCCACGCUAAGUCUGAUGAGUGCCCAUCUCUGUUUCCCCUUUGGGAGGAGAUGGCAGUGCGCUCUGGUCGCUAUCCACCUUGAGCUACUGAUUUCUAUUCAGUUCUCCAUAUUCCAGGCUUGACUUCUGGGUGAUGUAUGUGAAAGCACAUAGGUCAGGCCAGUCAUUAAAGGUGUAACACAUAAAAGGUGUAACACAUAGGUCAGGCCAGUCAUUAAAGGUGUAACACAUAGGUCAGGCCAGUCAUUCAAGGUGUAACAUAGUGACAUUUAAGAGUCGUGUGCUUGUGGUCUGUCAAAGAAUGGAUCUUUUGAUGGAGCAUUGGUUACCAUGAGGAUGGGAAAAAGCUUGUUUGCGUCUUGAUUGCCUGCUAAACUCUGAGGGAUUGAAAAGACUGCACAGAGUCCUGUUCGAAGCUGAUGACAAUGACGGCUCUGAUGAAAACUAGUAAAAGUGGAAGAAAUGACUGAAAAGAUGGGACGGUAAAAAAAGCAGUUUUGGGUUUCUGUUUCUGGGCUUUCAAGCUUAAUUUUGUCUGAGAGCUGUGUGAGAAGAUAGUGUCUCAACCUGCAUUUGCAUUGAGCAAAAACUUGAAUGUUUGUUGUUAUAUAUUUCUGUCAUGUACUUUUGUCAGGUAUAUUGUUCCCAAAAAGUCACAGGAAACUAAAUGGGCCAUCUAUUUUCAUCAUGUGCUGUUUUCUAUGAAAUGCUGAUCUUGCUGAGAUCGGUAGAAUGUAUAUUUACGUAAAAGGAUAGGACAAUUUGAAAAGGGUGUACAGUACAUCAAAAUGUAUGAAUACUCGUCUAUUUUUGUGGUUCAAAUAAACUAUUUAUUGCAA